UGCAUGCAUAGUUCGAGUGCGCAUACAAUACACGAACAAAUGAAAUGAAGUCUUAUACUGAUGUGCACUUAUAUAGGGCUUACAUCUGUUUACCGAUCUGCGAAGCAGGGUUGUGGUUAUUUGAGGAGAAAGCAGCACCUUUGCUCAUAUUUGUGGUGCGUUCUCCUCCCCUUCUGGCAGUCACAUGGGCCGGCUCUGCUCUCCCGUGACACUUCUGAACAAAUAACAGAGAGGACGAGGCGUGCCGUGUCUGUUGUGUUUUUAUUGGGCAGCACAUUUCUUACAGCAUCCAGCUCUGUAGCGGCUCAUCUCCGUUAUCAGCUCAGUCCAGCGGCGUAGUCUACUGUCGGUCACAUCUGAUCUCAUGCUAUCGCUGCGCAACUGACCCGGGACAUCUUCACUCACCAUCAGAGGACCCACUUAAAAAAAAAGGGUGUCCGCAAGCAGGAAGUGAGUUAAGGUGUGAGGGCCAGCAGGCUGCUCUGAAGGUCCUCUCAGCAGCCAUGUCAAGCGAACGUACCCCCCUGAUCACCUCAGGGGUGUGUGGUCUGACUGUAGCAUGUGGCGCAGCGUCAGAGCCCACCACAGAAUCCAGCUCCGGAACACCGAGCCAGGACCCCCGGAAACUGAACACCUUCUUUGGGGUGAUGGUGCCCACCAUCCUCUCCAUGUUCAGCAUUGUGUUGUUUCUGAGAACAGGGUUUGUGGUUGGUCAUGCAGGGCUGCUGCAGGGCCUCUUAAUGGUGGUUGUAGCCUACACCAUCAUAUCUCUAACAAUCCUUUCCAUCUGUGCCAUUUCCACCAACGGUGCUAUACAAGGUGGAGGAGCCUACUAUAUGAUAAGCCGAUCUCUGGGGCCUGAGUUUGGAGGAAGCAUUGGUUUGAUGUUCUUCUUGGCCAAAGUGUUUGCGUGUGGAGAGUAUGUUCUCGGUCUUGUAGAGGCGAUAGUUCAUGUGUUUGGGGCAGAUCCUGAAUCGUCUGCGUCCGAGGGAGUGCGGGUGCUUCCUCAGGGUUACUGGUACACAGUGCUGUACUCCUCAGUAGUCCUCCUGCUGUGUCUGCUUGUGUGUCUGGUGGGCGCCCACAUCUACUCCCGCACUGCCUUCGUCAUCCUGCUGGUGGUCACUGUGUCCUUGCUGUCCAUCUUCAUCAGUUCUGUGGCGGUCAAACCUCUCAACUUUGUCAUCACCCACCAGGGACCUGGUAACCAGACCCUGCACUACAAUGCUAGCUACACUGGUUACAGCAUCACCACGCUGAGGAACAACCUGGGCCCUGGUUACUCUUUGGACUACAGCACCAACUCUGUCAUGUCUUUUGCCACCGUGUUUGCUGUCAUGUUCACCAGCUGCACUGGGAUCAUGGCAGGAGCCAACAUGUCAGGCGAGCUGAAGACUCCGAGUGUUUCCAUCCCUAAAGGCACCAUUGUGGCUGUCUGUUACACCUUCACCAUCUACGUCCUCCUCUUCAUCCUGGCUAGUGCCACCUGUGACCGGACCCUGUUGAUUCAGGAUUAUGGCUUCUUCCAGCGGAUCAACAUUUGGCCACCGCUUGUCACUGUCGGGAUCUUCUGCGCCUCUCUGUCAGCUGCAAUGUGUGCUAUGAUCGGAGCUUCCCGCAUCCUCCAUGCCCUUGCGCUGGAUCGCCUCUUCGGUUUGCCGUUAGCUCCAGCUGCCAUCACAUCAAGCUCUGGGAAUCCGUGGGUGGCAGUACUGUACACCUGGGGCAUGGCACAGUGUGUAGUUUUCGCAGGAGAGCUCAAUGCUGUAGCAAGUCUGGUGACUGUGUUCUACCUGCUUGCCUACGCUGCAGUCGACUUGGCCUGUUUGGCUCUCGAGUGGGCGUCAGCACCAAAUUUCAGACCGACCUUUCAGCUCUUCUCCUGGCACACCUGCCUGCUGGGGAUUCUGAGCUGUUUGGUCAUGAUGUUCGUCAUUAACCCGGUAUACUCCUCAGGCAGCAUAGUCCUCCUGCUACUGCUGCUGCUUUUCCUCCACUACAGAUCACCCACCAGCAGCUGGGGCUAUAUCAGCCAGGCUCUCAUUUUCCACCAGGUGCGAAAGUAUCUCCUGAUGCUGGAUGUGAGGAAAGACCAUGUGAAGUUCUGGAGGCCGCAGGUGUUGUUAAUGGUGGCCAACCCUCGCUCCUCCUGCCAGUUAAUCCUGUUUGUAAACCAGCUGAAGAAGGGAGGACUGUAUGUGUUGGGUCACGUGCAACUGGGAGAUCUGGACACCCUGCCGUCAGACCCAGUCCAGCAGCAGUACAACUUCUGGCUGAGCCUGGUUGAUAAACUGGGAGUGAAGGCCUUUGUGGACCUGACACUCUCUCCCUCUGUGAGACAGGGAACUCAGCAUCUGCUGCGCAUCACAGGCCUAGGUGGAAUGAAGCCCAACACAUUGAUUUUAGGAUUCUAUGACAGCUGCACUCCUGAGGAUUUCUUCCUACAAGACCCUGCCUUCUGUGACUCAUCAGUGGGACGAAGCAGUGAAGGUGAAUAUAAUUUUGGGGUUGACUUGCCUUCAUUGCAGGCCCAUUUCGCCCCUGUCCGACAUGUUGAGAGCCCCCGUUGGCUCUCCCCAGAGGAGUACGUUGGGAUCAUCUCCGACGCUAUUAAAAUGAACAAGAACGUGUGCCUCGGCCGAUAUUUCUUCCAGUUAGAGGGAGAGGGUAAAGAUAGUAAGGUUGACGGGUCAGAACGGACCAUAGAUGUGUGGCCUCUCAACCUGCUCCAGCCCGGCAGCCGCGACUAUGAGGACGUGUGCAGCCUCUUUCUGCUGCAGAUGGCGUGCGUGCUCAAUAUGUCCACCAAGUGGCGCCAUGCAAGAAUGAGGAUCUUCCUGAACGUGGAGACUGAGUCCAGUGACCAGGGCUGGGUGGUAAAUGAGGAGACCUUUCGAGAGCUGCUGAGGAAACUGAGGAUCAGGGCGUCGAUAAAGAUUGUGCCGUGGGACUCUGUAGUGCAGCACCACACUGCAUCAGUCUCCCAAGAUCCUUCGGGAGCGCUGUCUGAGGACUUCUUGUCCGCUGUGAACUGCAUGUUGACGGAACACAGCUUGCAAGCUGCAGUCCGCUUCCUGUAUUUACCUCGCCCCCCUGCUCAUCACAGCCAGGCACAGCGCUACGUAGCUCAGCUAGAAGCAGUAACCAAUGGUUUAGGGCCAACACUCCUGAUUCAUGGUGUCACCCCAGUCACAUACACUGAUCUGUGAGCAUGUGUUUAUCUGUUGACUUGAAUGUAAGUAUGAACUAAUGAACACAUAAUUCCAUGAAAAGUGAAUGCUAGUUUGAACUUUUCAUUAUACUUCCAUCCACUGCAGCUUCAUCGAAGCUUAGAAAAGAUCUAAGUUUCCGUGCAACUUGAGGUUUUUGCAUCCACAUAGGAUAUUUUCCUAUUUUCAUAUACUUGAACUGGCUUUGUAAUUGAGCCAAGAGCUAAGGGAGCAUUAAUGUUUGUGGUUGUGGUUUAUGUCAAGGUAACCUCCUUGACCGACUUGACUGACUUUCACUCACAUAAAACCAGUACAGGUUUUCAAGCUCACUGAAUAUCAUAAUGUCUACAUAUCAUUUCAGGGCUCAGACUUGGAGUCAGUUCUCCUGUUCCUAAAUGGUAUUGUGUCACUGCAUAGUUAUUGUAAAUAAUUUAACUUGUUUGUAUUUUUUGCCGCUUGCUUUUUUCUGCAUCUCAUCUCUGCUGGUUGGCGGACCAAGUGAACCAAACAAUCCUGGAUCCGAUUUAUUUAUUUUUAUUUUUAUUUUCCGUGCACUUAUGCAAACAUGUUGCCUUUUCCAGUGUUAAACAUGUAUCUUCGUUCUACACAAUGGAAUCUGUGUAUUUGACCUUAGAAUGAGUAGCAGCAUUAGUUUGUUGCUGUUGUUUUUUGUGGAUUCUUGUUCUUUACAGGUCAGGCUGUCAAAAUACACCAAAGAGAGUUCUAGUGAUGGUUACGUUGGAGGUGCUAAACUGAGCAUUAUGAUCCAGUCUCAGUCAGGAUGACGAUACUGGCGAGCUUGAGACUGACACUGGAGCAAGUCGUCACAUUUCUUUUAUACGAUAUUUAUCUGACCACAUUUAUAAACGGUGUACUGAAACAUUACCGCCCUCUCAUCAUGUUUUGUUUGCUGUCACUGAAUGAGCGUCUUGCACAACUUGGCCGAGUCAAUGCUCGAUGAGAACUGCUGGUGGAACACACUUGAUACUAACAUACACUAACAGAGCGUACUGUACACAAAAAUAGCUGUUUGCCACUAACUGCGCUGUAUGACACAUGCACUGGGUUUUGCUAUCUUUCCAAUUGUUACAUUGUAAAUUUGUUACAAAUUAUGUAUUUAAACUAUUGAAUAAAUGAAUAAAAACAGACUGUAUCUA